ACCACAACUCCCAGUCACCGUCUGGCAGCUGACACCCUGCCUUCUCCAUCCUCCAGCAGACGGUCACCGCUCCACUCCCUGCACAUUUUUGGGUCUUUCUUGUCUCUCUUGCUCCUCUGACAUGUGUCCAUGUGUGUGGAUCUCAUUACUCUUCUACCUGGGAUAUAUAGAGGUGACCUCUGGGGACAUGUACACCUCCAUGCUGACCAUCCAGCAGGCUCUGGACACUGAGAAGGUACUGAUGCAGCACCUGGGGGCGUACCUGGAAGAGGAGACCUACCGGCUCACCGACCUCCGCAGGUUCUACGAUAAAGUGAAGACUCUCCACCUCAGAGCCGGUGCUCCAGUGUCCGACCCCAUUUUUGCCUACACCCUGUUGAAGAGGCUGCAGUCCGAGUGGAUGAACAUGGUCAACAGUCUCGAGAACAGCGAAAGCAUCAGAGAGCUGAAGGACGGUUAUGAGAAGAUGGAGAAGAACCUUCCAGUCCCGGAAGAUGUUGAAGGAGCUGCCAAAGCUCUCAUGAGAUUACAAGAUGUCUACUCCUUGAAUGUUAAGGGUUUGACACAAGGAGUAUUCCAGAGUGGACCCAUUUUACACCUUCGUGUUCUACACAAGCUGGACCAGGUCUCCAGCAUGUCAGCAGAUGACUGUUUCCAUAUUGGCAAGGUGGCCUAUGACAUGGAGGACUUUUACCACUCUAUCCCAUGGCUCGAGGAGGCAGUCAGUAGGUUCCGGGAUUCCUAUGGCAGCUGGUUCACGGAGGACCAGGGCUCCCUGGAAGAUGCAUUGGAUUACUUAGCUUUUUCCUACUACAAGACAGGGAACGUGUCUCGGGCGUUACAUCUCUCCAGGGAGUGUCUGCUCUACGAUCCUUAUAACAUGAGACUGGCCCUAAAUGUCGCCAAAUAUGAAAAGAUAUUAGACGAGACUCCGGCUAGAGAAGCCGCGGAGGAGCCAACCCUGCUGAGGCCGAACGUCACCCACCUGAGGACACGAGACCUGUAUGAGGGGCUCUGCCAGACUAUGGGGUCCCAGCCUUUUCAACACGAGGAUCCAAGACUCACGUGUUCUUAUGACACAAACAGAAGCCCCUAUCUCAUACUCCAGCCCCUGAAGAAGGAGGUGGUGAACCUGGCUCCUUACAUCCUUCUCUACCAUGACUUUGUCAGCGACUACGAGGCCGAGAAGAUCAAGGAACUUGCUGCUCCAUGGCUGCAGCGGUCGGUGGUGGCCUCCGGAGUCCAGCAGGCGAAGGCCGAGUACAGGAUCAGCAAAAGCGCGUGGCUGAAGGACACGGCUGACCCGGUUGUCAGAAAUCUGGACGUCCGCAUUGCAGCAGCGACCGGUUUACAUGCCAAAGCUCCAUACGCUGAGUACCUCCAGGUGGUCAAUUACGGCAUCGGGGGACACUACGAGCCGCACUUUGACUAUGCUACGUCCAGGAAGAGCCCCCUGUACCGCACCAACACUGGGAACAGAAUAGCCACCUUCAUGAUUUAUCUGAGCUCCGUACACCUGGGAGGAUCUACAGCAUUUGUAUACGCCAACAUCAGUACUCCCGUGGUAAAGAAUGCUGCUGUUUUCUGGUGGAACCUCCACAGGAAUGGUGAGGGUAAUGAGGACACACUGCAUGCCGGCUGCCCUGUACUGGUCGGGAGCAAAUGGGUGGCGAACAAAUGGAUCCAUGAGUAUGGCCAAGAGUUCAACAGACCAUGUGGAGUAAACCCUGGAGAUUAAGAGUGGACAGAUGGAUGCCUUAGGAGAUGAGGAGGACUUCAUGGCUCCUGAGAAGAUAUAGAGGAGCCGAGGACCAGAAGUGUGAAUGGAGGCCCUUCUAUGUAUGGAUGAUGUCAUGGCCGAUGCCUCUAAGCUCCUUUAAGCUAUAGAAUCCUGAAAAACGUGCAUAAUCUGCAACAUGUGCAGGUAGCCACAGGGGACAGGAAACAGUGGUCACCUUAGUCCAGAUCCUGGAACCAUCUAUAAUGUGUACCUCUAGAGCAAGAAUGGAAGAUCUAGAAAGGUUCUUGUAAUUAUACAUCUAGAAAUGAAAGACUGUCCAGGAUCUGGUGUCAUCUAUGGCUGUAUGUGGACGUAGACAAUACAAGGAAAGUAUUGGCACCUUAGAUCUUUCAUGGAGAAGUUCUUGGGUGGAAAGAAAUAAGAAGUAAGACCAAACUUUAACUGGAAGCUAAGGUGACCAGACCAAAGAUUUGUCUUAUUCUGGACAUAUGUGAAAAGACGGUUCCUCUUAAGAAGGGUAAAGGAACAAGGGGAAGGUGACAAAAAAGUGGAUGGAGACAAUCACAGAAAUCACAAACCUGAAGAAGCCUCAAGGCCCAAACGCGAAUCUGGACAACCUGGGAAAACGCCAUUCAUAGCAGGCCAAUCUUGUAGGAGGUCGCAGUCCAUCAGUUAAAUCGCUCAAUCGGGUGCUGAUCAUCUGUGGGGGCAGUGACAUGUCCCUUCAUAAGAUGUUAGUGAGGACAUGUAAUGGGACAGUGAAGAGGGAAGUAGAGACAAAUGGGAGAGCACAGAUUGAGGGUUCAUAGCGGAAGGAGCAACGAGUCCAGCAGAACCUAGCAUUUCAGGUGAUGAGUGCACUGAUCUUGUAGGUAGCUCAGAUUAAAAGCUUCAUAGUGGAAGAAGCAGGGUCAUCCAGCAGCACAGAGUAUUUAAUGAGAGGAGAGUACUGAUCUGGUGGAAGGUUGCAGUUACAUAGUGGAAGGAGCGCAUACUCCAGCAGCACAGAGUAUUUCAUGAGAGAGGAGUGCUGAUCUGGUGGAAGGUUGCAGUUACAUAGUGGAAGGAGCGCAUACUCCAGCAGCACAGAGUAUUUCAGAGUAAAUUUGACAUUGAAAUCUUACUCCAUUAAUCCAAGUAGGUUGUGGAGCUGCAAAUGUAAUAA